AUGUCUCAGGCGGUGGGGGAUGUCUCGCAGCCUCCAGAAUCAUCACUGGCAGUGACGACGUCCGAGAGUGCUCGACAAAAACGAAAAAUUGCUGCCCUCGAGGAAAAGUUGCAGGUGCUGGAGUCGGGGCAUGCGGUCAAACUAAGGGAGACAAACUACUACAUGUCGAAGGGAAGAGCUAUCAGACGUAUAGUUACGUUGUUUGAUAUGGUCGAAGACAUGAUAUCCGAGAAUGACAGGAGGUGCGAUUUGGACGAGGACGAGGAUGACAAUGUGACUCUCGAUCAGGAGCGUUUGCAAAUUGGUUACAUCACCCUUAAUCAUGCCCUUCCGUGGUUUCACCCGAAAGCCUCAGACAUGGAGUAUGAGGAUUAUACGCUUAUGCUAAAAAAGCUUAGGCAAGGGGCAGAUGCUGCUCGGGGGGAUGACACCUCGAAGCUCAAGAGCCUCGUCGCUGAUUGGGUUAAUCGUGAAUUCAAUCCUAAUCCGCCAGUUGACCCCGAGGAUAAACAUCACCGUGGUUUUAUUAACGAUGCGUCCGGCAGACUCCUCUGUCCGACUGAGUUAGAUUGGAAUAAUCCAAUUGUCAGAGCAGGAAUUAGGGAUCGUGCAGACGGUUAUGUCGUGACGGAAAUGUCCUGGCCGGCGUUCUUGUAUGAAAAGUACUCAGCCGAUCAGAACAAUCUGGAAGAGGGCCUUUUCAAAGGUACACUUUUACUUCAGGCUUUCAAAGCCAUAUUCACGUCCCCCUCCUCCGCAAAGGAGGUUGCAGGUGAAGGUGACGGCGCUGAUGUAAUCGCAAACAACCGAUGUGCCAUGAAGAAUUUCAAUUCAGGCAAGAAAGUCAAGACACAUGUAACACAAAUUAUCAACAUGCGCAAAGUUACAGGUUGUUCUAUUGCGUAUGUCUCAUGUCAACUGCGAUUUGCGCUGUCGUCUGUAACGUCAUGGCAUUCAGUCGAUGGCGACUUCGACUAUAUACCAUUCUGGCAAAAUAUCGUCGACUUCUUCGAAUGGCCCCCUGGUCGUGCAGCGCAGAAAGUCUUCGGAACAAGCCGCCGUGCGGAACUUACUGACGGGGCGAAGGUCCAGAUGUCUGUAAACGCUCUCGCAAGACAGAGAGCGCAACUGGACGAUGCUAUGUUCAAUUCAGAUUAG